GGCCGACACGAUCAGUUAUCCGCAAGACUCCGUGGCAGCUUUUGUGGCGUUUGUUAAAACCCUCGCUCGCGUUUUCGGAGGUUCAACGAACGCGCUCCAUACGCUUCCCGAGCAUUUUUCAGUUAUAAGUAAUAAUCGGUUUGUAUGGUCCUUUCAACCGGGAUUUUAUUAUGAUGGAGUACUAUAGGAGGUUUACGAUUAAAUGCGUUGUGGUAUGUGAUAUGGUCGUGAUACUGUGACUUCAGCAAGUGGGUUUGUGACUGACUAUUGAGGAUUAACUUUUGUGAUUAUGAUUUUGAAAGGUUCAAAUAACCCACCAUUAAUGGCCAAACGAAAGACCAUAGAUCCUCGUCUCCAUCGAGCAUGAACCCAUGGACUACGUACUGCUUUAAACGCGCCAAAAACAAGCCCAGAACCGAACGAUGACCGAAAAACUCGAACUCGGUUAAAACAAAAACUUCCUUUUUUUUUAUAUAAAACCCUCAACUGUGUUCCUUAUCAAACAAAAGAAAAACCUGUACAUUAAAUUUAUUACGUAUUUUUGUUAACUAUUUUGUAAUUUUUCGUUGUUGUUCGUAUCAUAUAUUUUUCGAGGAAGUCAUUUAAUAGGUUUAGUGUCCCACUUUCGGUCGGAAAUUUUCCCGUUAUUCUCUCGCUGUAAAGAGCUAAACUAUCUAUACAUAUAUACAUAAAGUGAUAAACAAGAAUGCGGACAAAGACGCCGAUAGUGCAAAGGUCGUAGUUUUUUCUCUGGUCUGUGUUACGUCAUCAGAACUAGUCGUAAAUAUUAAGUCAAAAUGUUCGAGAUGUGGAAUAGUGUGGCGACCAAGCUGGAGCUGCAGCAGUCGCAGAUACAUCAGAGUCAACAACCGCAUACUAGCAGUGGAUCUAUUAAAGCACAAAUAGAAAUCAUACCAUGCAAGGUAUGCGGAGACAAAAGCAGCGGUGUCCACUAUGGGGUGAUAACCUGCGAGGGGUGCAAGGGGUUCUUUCGACGUUCGCAGAGCUCCGUGGUGAAUUACCAAUGUCCCAGAAACAAAAAUUGUGUGGUAGACAGGGUCAACCGGAACCGAUGUCAGUACUGUCGGUUGCAAAAGUGCCUCAGGCUCGGCAUGAGUCGAGAUGCUGUGAAGUUUGGACGGAUGUCCAAGAAGCAAAGGGAAAAAGUCGAAGACGAGGUGCGGUUUCACAGGGCGCAGCUCAGGGCGCAGAACGACUCUGCGCCGGAUAGCUCGGUGUUUGAACAACAGACUCCCUCUAGUAGUGACCAAUUGCAUCAUAGUUAUAAUGGAGGAUAUCCAACGUACAACGACGUAGGCUCGUAUACACCUGCGUACUACCCUGGACAAACGCAAGUACCGGCGUCCACAAUGGGUUACGACAUUUCGGCGGAUUACGUCGACAGUACGACCGCGUACGACCCCAGACCGGGCCUGGACGCCCUCAGCGAUACCGGCAGUUUAAUGGCCAGUGUCGUUACAACCGACCCCAGUCAAAUAUCAGAACUCCUCUCGAAGACAAUAUCCGACGCACACACCCGCACCUGUCUCUACUCGAUCGAUCAGAUACACGAGAUGUUCAGGAAGCCCCACGACCUCUCGCGGUUGGUCUAUUAUCAAAACAUGGCCCACGAGGAACUAUGGCUCGACUGCGCCCAAAAACUCACCACCGUCAUACAGCAAAUCAUAGAGUUCGCUAAGAUGGUACCGGGAUUCAUGAAACUGAGCCAGGACGACCAAAUUGUUUUAUUGAAAGCGGGCAGCUUCGAGCUCGCCAUUAUCCGGAUGUCGCGAUAUCUGGAUCUGUCCCAUAGUCGUGUGCUCUACGGCGACACCAUGCUACCCCAGGACGCCUUCUACACGUCAGACACCGCCGAAAUGAAACUGGUCAGUUGCGUGUUCGAGGUGGCCAAAGGUUUAGCCGAACUGAAGCUGACUGAAACCGAGUUGGCCCUCUAUUCCGCUUGCGUACUCUUAUCACCAGCUGAUUCUGUUUUAGAUCGGCCCGGACUGAAAGGAAUAGCCGAAAUCGGCCGACUGAACCAAGCCGUCUUGAGAGCUUUAAAGCUGGAGCUGGAUAGAAACCACAGUCUCCCUAUUAAAGGGGAUGUUACUGUUUGUGAUGCCUUGCUUACUAAGAUACCUAAUUUGAGGGAAAUCAGCAUGUUGCACAUGGACGCGCUGGGUAAGCUGAAACGAUCGGCGCCCCAUUUAGACUUUCCGGCGUUGCACAAGGAGUUGUUCAGCGUGGAUAGUUGAAGCAUUUUUUGGCGGAUUUUUGAAGCCAGGCGACUGCCCUGUUUUAGCUAUUCUAUUCCUUCAUACUGAUGUAUCGGCCUUACAAGCGUAAAUUUAAACAAAAAAAAAUUAUACAUAAUAAUAUAAUUAUAAUUUCGUUAAAGUGAAAUGAAAAAUAUUAAUUAUUGUUGUGAAUUUAAAAAAUGAGAAAGAAGACGUGGGAAGAUGGUAUUUUUUUCGAAAGAGCAGAACGAGAGAAAAAAUAAAAAAUGUUGUAAAAAACCGCAUCGGACUGUGAUAGAGAGCCAGGCCCUGAUUUUAAAAGUACAACUGACUUGUUUGUUGUUGUUAUUAUUGUGGGGGGACGGGAAGAAAAAUCGAAUUUGUGGGAAAAGAUUGGAAAUUUUAACGGGCUAUGUUUGGGUUUUUUUUUGUGUUUUUUUUGAGAGACGUUUGGGGGUCUCGAAUUUAUUAGGAGAAGAAUUUGGAGGGAUUUUUUAUAAAGUUUCCUAACUUUUUCUGUGGUUGCUUUUUUCGCCACCCUUGUUGUUAUUCUAUACAGUGAGUUUAUAUUUAAAGGUGCUGACAUUUACUUAUGUGGUAAUGUCUCUUUGCGGUUUUUUCGACGUGAUAUUAGACUUUCAUUGCUAUAUUAUAAAAAAACAAACAGACAAAAUUGACGUGUAUGCAACUACUAAUGCAAGAAAUGUUAUACAAUUGUACAAAAUGUUGUUUUUUAUUUUAUUAUAAUAUAGCUCAUUCUAUUUCUGCCACAAAUUAUAAAAACACUUAUAAAGUCACCAUGAUCAGAAAUAGUAAAGAUUUCUUUUAGUUUUUAAUUAAAACUAGUGUUAGAACGCGUUUAUAUUAAUAUACAUAAUUAUACGUAUACUUGAAUUUAUCAUAUUUAUAAAAGAAAUCACUUUAGUUAUAGUCGAGUAGCUGAACUACAAUAAAAUAUAGAAAGACUGUAUGCUUAUUAAAUUUUUGUAAAUAUUUACUAUUUUUGACCCACGGUGCUCUUUUUUUUUUAGUUAAGUUUUAUCGGUCACAGUCGAUUUUAUAAGAAUAUAUUAAAAAAAGGAGAAUAUAUGUAUAAAGAUUUAAUGAUUAUAGAUGAUAGAAUAUUUAUGACAUAGACUUUACCUGAUUUUGACUUUCAGCUUUUUAUUC